UUGAUCACACUUUUUCAGGUCGUUCGAUUUAUUCUCCAAUCCGGUAAAUCACCUCAAGGCCUAGCGCCAUUUCUAGUCGCGGACAAGGAUGGUGUCACGCCAAUACACAUAGCAGCAUGUGGUAAUGGUAAAAUACUUCAGAUGUUCAUCGAUGCUGUCACUGCUACAGACGAUGUGUUCGGCUUGGCCCAAGACAAACGAGGACGUGGUCCCUUGCACUAUGCGGCAUCUAAAGCUAGCGUUGAGAGUGUGAGGUUGAUCUUAGGCAGGUUUUCUACAUACACCAUUUCCCAUUCAUCCGUUCCCAUAGCAAAGAAGUUGAUUUGUCACUCCUUUCCAGAUUCCCCAGCUUUGGGUCUGCCUGUCGAUGCGAGAGAUUCAUGUGGUCUAACUCCACUUAUGUGUGCUGUCGGGGUUCCAUUCGCACAAGGAGUGGAUGUUUGCCGCCUUCUCGCCCGACGAAAAGAAAUGUCGAUCUCAGCCCGAAAUCGCGAUGGUCUGUCAGCAAUUCAUUUGGCAGCUAUCGCUAAUAAUCUCCAGGUGCUCAAGUUAUUCGCCGAGGAGAUGGGCAAGAAUGUUGAGGUGUUCGACAACGAAAACUGCACUCCACUUCAUUACGCUGCAGAACAAGGACAUUACGAGAUUGUGCAGUUACUGUUGGCGUGCGGAGCCAGAGCUACUACCAGCUCAGCAUUCUAUGUUCACCAUCGGAAACGAAGAAAGCGCCAAAGACGUGGUCGGGGCCCCCUUAGGGUGGUGCCCCUAUUCCAAAUCGCAGUGACUAAUGGGUAUGCCCAAGUCCAGGCGCAUUAUGCGGCAGCAAGUUCUGUGAGCUGUCUCGACUAUUAUACUGGCCAAGAACAAUUUACGCUGAACGCAUUCCGUUGGCAUUUGAACAGAGAUAAAAGACCGAGAAAAUCGGUCAUGUCUAAUGAGCGAGAUAAACUCGACAAUACACCUUUGCACUUGGCAGCUGGUCGUGGACACACCGACGUGGUACGAUUUCUGGUAACAGCCGGAGCAAACAUGAACGAAAAGGAUGCGAUGGACAGGACUCCAGUAUACUGGGCCUGUUUUGGUGUCAAGCACAUACUCUAUCAUUUCAGGCACCGUCGUGUCCCCAUCACUGAUGCCCUCGGGCAGACUCCUCUGCAUGCAGCCGCCUUUGCUGGUUUCACUGCCUGCAUCAAUGUGUUGCUCAAUAUAGAAGCAGAAGAUGACUGCCUCAUAUCACCGCUGACAGGCUGGAAGGAUAAGCACGGCGAGACAGCUCUGCACAUAGCGUGCUCGCGUGGCAAAAUGGACUGUGUUCUUGCUCUUCUCAAAGGAGGUGCGGCUCCGAACGCUGUGAACGACAUGAGGAAGACAUGUCUGCAGUGCGCCGUUGACAAUAAACAUAGCAACGUAAGUCUUCAUAGUUCUGUGUAA